AUGGCAGACGAGUCUGUACCAGACAACCCUGUGGUAAUAACAACGUGCAUUGCUCUAGAACGCAACGUGAAUGUGACUUGGUUGAAGGAGGUUGUCUUGCCCCGAAUCCUUAAGCAUCCGCGUUUUAGCAGCGUAGUCAUUGAAGGAAAGGAGGGCAAACUACGUUUUGAAUCCGUUCCAGACUUCGUUCCCCAGAAUGAAAAGUUGAUGAUGCACCAGUUUGAUGUCCAGCACGUUGGUGGGGAGGACAAAAGCAAUAGGGAGCGUGAAAAAAUCUUCCAAGACAGACUCUCUGAGCUCAUGACUACACCAUUGGAUAGGGAGAGGCCCCUGUGGAAAGUUACGCUUUUCCCGCAAUGGUCAAUUGUUGAUCAUGAUGAAAGCGUGGAAAAAGAGUGUUGUAUGGUCGUCGUUCGUGUUCAUCAUUCCAUUUCUGAUGGCAUAGGACUUGUAAAGUACUUUACCUCCGAAAUCAUCGAUAAGACAUCCCAGGAGGAGCAAUCGCGAUUGCUAGUCGUUCCUGAAAGACAAUUUAAAAAGCUUCGCAACCAAGUCCACUCAUCCAACCCAGAAAAACAGCAGGUCUCACCGACACCAGCCGUGACGGAACAAAGGCAUACGACGAGAAACAUGCGAAUAUGCGUUCCGGAGCCGGGUUUGCUUCAACGCGGAUGGGAAUUUGUGGAAGAUGUUUACCUCUCGUCCGUGCGCAUGCUUUUCACAGACCCAGUCAGUGUCUUCACGAGAUCGACCAUACAGAGAGAAAAGGUCUGUGCCCUCAUGCCGCCUUCCAGUUUCACAGUUCAAAUGCUGAAAAACGCAUCUCGUGUAUUUGGUGUAACCAUUAAUGACUUGCUCUACACCGCUGUUGCGGGAGCGUCGAGGCUAUAUUUGAAGGAACACGGAGAUAAUCCAGAUGAACUGAAGCAUCUCAGGUGUGCAAUUCCCUUCAAUGAGCACGCGCUGGAUUCCUUCUCCUUGAGCGACGUUUCGAACGUUUUUGCCAUAAUUGCAUUGAAUCUUCACGUCGACGAAGAGGAUCGAAUGAAACGAUUUGAAGUGUGUGUCCGCACUCUUCGAAGGGCGAAGAGAAGCAAUCAACUUGUGCUACUCAUGGGCCUCAUCCAACUUGUUGCCCGUAUGCCCCGCUUUCCCAGAAAAGCCUUCUGGAGGUAUUUGACACGGGCCACUUCCCUUCUCUUUACCAAUGUUCCGGGGCCGAGAGAAGCGGUGCAUAUAGGGGGCGUGAAGGUCUCAUCGCUGCACUUCUUUGCGCCAGCCGAUGGACACGCUGGUGUUGUCUUAGGCAUGUUUUCGUACAUGGACAAAAUCGCGAUGGGAGUAGCAGGUGACAAAGGCCGUAUUAGUAAUCCGCAGCGCUUCGUCGAGUUGCUUAGCUCGGAAAUACAACUGCUUCUUGACAUAAGCAAAGCGGUCAACUAG